CCCCUGCCCUUUCUCUCUCACAAAACUCACCCCCCCCCCACACACACACACUAUUAUCACUAACCCAACACACAAAUCUCUCUUUCUCUCUCCCUAAAUUACCCGCCAAAAAGGUGCGUCUCUAAUUAACUCACCCUAAUUUAAACCACAAAUUCAAAAUCCCCCCUAAACCCCUAUUUCCCUCUCACUCCUCUCUCUCUCCCUUCUCUCUCGGCUCUCGGAUGUCUAACCAAGGCUCUAUCUCGGUGCAGGUCCUAUACAAGCAAUUCACCGGAGCGGCGUCGUUGGCCUCUAGGGGUUUUCUCUUGUGAACGAAUGGAUCCGACGGCUGGGGUCGAGCCAAUGGAGCUGACCGAACCGUCGAACGGAGGGGACGAGGACUUGGGGGCCCGGACGAGCAAGAGGGCCAAGAUUGGGCCUGGGCCGGGGCGGGACCUGAAGAGAGUGGCGGAAAUCGUGCUGGUGCUGUCGGCGAUGGCGAGGAUGCGAGGCGGGGGGAAGAGCCCGACGGAUGCGGAGGUGGAGCUGAUGGCGGAGGCCAGGGCCAAGCUGGCAGAGGCCUGCGCGGCCCUGGCGCCCAAGGACGUGGUGGGCCGGGAGGCCAUUGGGGCGGUGAUCGAGGAUUUGGGCCUCAAUGGCAAGCUCAAGGAUCAGCGGCUAGGGUUUCGGACUCCCAAGUUGACGAUCAAGGAGAAGUUCGAUAAUGCAAAGAGGAAGAUGGAUGAGUCGAAGAAUUUUGCUGCACAUACUGCUGCAUAUACUUCUCACCCUGUGCAACCAAGCUCUAGUACGUCAGCUGAAAUCAGUGGGGCAUUGCACACUGUGCGUACUUUUCCAUCAGAUAAACCAAGUAAUCUGCCAAUUUCUUCUGGUGGCGUCCCAGCUUCUUCACCUUUAGGUCAUGCUUCUGCAGCAACUUCUACAUCCCUACAAUAUCAAUUGCCGAACAACGAAGUUAGACCAGGUAUGGUUUCUAGAGGAUUGCCUAGCGGUCAUUUAGGAAGAGAUUCUUCUUCCUUAUCAUUGCCUAAAGUUGAAAGAGCACAGUUCAAAUUGGAUGGAGGAUCAAAUGGGUCUUCUUAUGCAUCACAAUUACAAGCAAAUUCUUCUGCAAACCACCCACUGGUGAAUGCUCCUACAUGGUCUGUACAAACCCAAUCUGCCUCAACAGCUAAAAGUGGGCAAGAAAAUAAGGUGCCAAAUCAUAGUUCUGCCAAGGCUGAGGGAGCUGUUGAUAUAAGUAUGUCACGAGUUGCUACUCAAGGAGCGAGAGAUCAGAGCUUUAGGCCAUUUGUGACUCAAACAGCAUCUGGAAAUUUGCCAAAUAUACAGCAGCCGCUGCAGGGUGUGGGCUUUGUCCAAGCCCCUUCACUUGGUAAUAAUCACAAUGAAAUUGCUAAACUUGUUCAGAAGUUAUUACAACCACAGCGUCCUGAUCAUCCUAAGUGGAAUCCUCCGUCAAGGGAUUACAUGAAUAAGGCUUUAACUUGCCAAUUGUGCCAGCUUACCAUCAGUGAGGUGGAUAAUGUUCUUCUUUGUGAUGCUUGCGAGAAAGGAUAUCACUUAAAGUGUCUGCAGCCUAAUCAAAAGGGAAUUCCUCGAGGUGAGUGGCACUGCAUGAGGUGCUUGACUUUGACCCAAGGGAAACCUUUGCCCCCUAAAUAUGGUCGUGUCAUGAGAAGUAGUACAAAUCAACCAAGUUUGUCUCCCGAGAUGGCUAUGAAGGUGUCAUCUUCAGAGAAGAAAGUGGUAACUUUAGAUCCAAUGGUCAAUCAGUCGAAGAUGACAGCAAAUGGAAGCUCUGCUCUACAAAGUUCCACACAUGCUAGUAGUGCAGGCACCAAUCAUGUUGAGUCAGCAUCGGAUGUAAAGAUUCCAUAUACAAGAGAAACUCAAGGGAAUAGCAGCAUAUCAAGCAGUAAAAUUAUGGAUGACAAAACGUUUUUUGGACCUUCCCCUAAUAUCCCAUCAAAACCCUUGGGGGAAGCUGGUUAUUCUCCUCCUGUUGGCUCAUCAAGUGUAAAGUCUGCUCAAAACCUUAAAGAUUGUGAGUUAUCAACGCGUGAAGAGAGAUCUUUUGAACAAAAGACACAGUCUCCUGCUAAAGUAUCUGAAACAGUAAGUAGUAAGUCUAAUCAUUGCCAACCCUCGCACAACUUGCAAGUUGUUGACUGGAGAGACCUGCCUAAAUGUGCUGAGGUUCCAGCAAAGAAUUGUGAUGACAAUGACCUUGGUGUGAAAGAUCCUGAAAAAUCUCAGAUAAGAGAAAAUCUUGACUGUACUUCAGGAUCUGAUACUAAGCAAGAUGACCAACUUGUUGCUCAGGAAAAUCCUUCUGGGGGCUUUCAAACUUGUACAGGAAGUGAACGGUCUGGGUUUUCUUCGCAUGGCUUGCGUGGUGUUGAAUGGAUUGGCAACGUUAUCCAAGUUUUAGAUGGGAAAUCGUUCUACCAGUCUUGUAGAGUUAAUGGAGUAAUGUAUAAACUGCAGGAUCACGCUCUUUUUCCUUCCAACCAUGGCGAAUUGUUACCCUCGAAGCUUCAGUCCAUGUGGGAGGACAGCAAAACUGGGUCAAAGUGGGUUAUUGUCACAAGGUGCUAUUUUCCUGGCGACUUGCCUGAGAAUGUUGGGCGCCCAUGUACCCCUGAGAGCAAUGAGGUCUAUGAAUCAAAUCAUGAAAGCACAAUAAUGGCUGGUUUGAUCCAAGGCCCAUGCGAAGUUUUGCCUCCUGGCAAGUUUAGUGAAGAAAGUGAAAGACGGAGUCAGGCAGGACCCAGUGAAAGUAUUGGUUUACAGCCAGUUUUCCUUUGCAAGGGCGGGGCAGGGAAGGGCCCAAUUGAAUCUGCUCCAUUGCAAUACUAUGACACAGUGGGUGCCGCUCUGGAUGUGCCUUGUGUGCAAAUCCUACAGUGCUGCAUGAAGACAAUCCAGUGCUUGUUUAUUAGUGUUAUGUUUUUUUUGCAGAUGGUUCUAUGAUGAAUUUAAAGGACUUUUUCAACCUGUUUCCAGUUAAUCUGGUCAUGCACAUACAUUGGUGAUUGAUUUCAUUUUCAUUGCACCUUUUUGGUGCUCUCUUUUAUCAGGUAGUUUAUAGCAGAUGUGGAAUUCAGAGAAUUGACGGUUGAGGAAGUUCCAAUAUUCAUUUCUUGUACAAUAUUUAGCUGUAAUCUUAGUUUGUAUUAGUUAUCUUCCAAUAGCAAUUCAAAUUGUAAUUUUUGUUGCCCUCUUUGGUGCUUCAUGCCCCACUAUUACAUUAUCACACCCCCAUCAAUUAUAGAAUGAAUUUCUGCAA